AUGAACCAUGGAGUUUCACCUGUGCACACGGGUGGAGGUGGCCACGUCCCAGGCCAUCUCAGUGUCUUUGAGGGUUCCUGCGGUUGGUUUGUCAAUUCCUUGGCCACUUGCAGUGGCUACUGGGCUCUUCUGGGGCCUCUUCCUGCCCAGGGUCCUGGCCUCAGCCCCGUUGACCACAUCCUGCCUCAGGCAGGGCCACCCCCAGUGGUGGUAGAGCUUGGGGGGAAGGGGCAGGGCUGUGCAGUGGUGGACUGGGCCAGAAAAUGCUUGUCAGUACUCUUGUUUGGUUCAUGGCAUAAGUUAUUGCUGUCCUUUAAAAAAAUAAUAAAAUGUUUCAAAGCAUCUAUAGCAGCAGGAUGGGUUUCAUUCUGUAAACAAUAA